CGUCGUUUAAACCCUGGAUCCGUGCCAGAUCUCUUGACCCUGCCGCGCGCAAUAUAAGGCCACCGUUGCCUGCCCCAUGAACCACACCACGGGAACGCGCGACCAUACAAGCAGAGCCAAGCACAUCCAAUGGCGCUAACCUUAACCACCGUCGCGUUCUUCCUCGCCGCCCUCCUCGUCUCCUCCCCUUCGGCCGCCGCUGCCCGGGCACUGACGGGGACAGCCAAGCACGACAUCCCUGCCGUGUUCGCCUUCGGCGACUCCACGCUGGACCCGGGCAACAACAACCGCCUCAACACGCUGGUGCGCGCCGACCACGCGCCCUACGGCCGCGACUUCCCUGGGGGCGAGGCCACGGGGCGGUUCUCGGACGGCAAGCUCAUCACCGACUACAUCGUCGAGUCGCUCGGCAUCAAGGACCUCCUCCCUGCGUACCACAACAGCCGCCUCACCGUCGCCGAGGCCACCACGGGGGUCAGCUUCGCGUCGGGGGGGUCCGGCAUCGACGACCUGACCGCGCAGACCGCGCUGGUGUCGACGUUCGGCUCGCAGAUCAGCGACUUCCAGGAGCUCCUCGGUCGGAUCGGCGCGCCCAAGUCCGCCGAGAUCGCCAACAAGUCCCUGUACGUGCUCUCCGCUGGCACCAACGACGUCAGCUUGUACUCCGUCCUGCCGAUCCGGGCCGGGAGCUUCCCCACCAUCGAUCAGUACAAUGACUACCUCAUCGGCAGGCUCCAGUCUUACAUACAGAGCCUGUACAAGCUGGGAGCCCGGAACUUCAUGGUGGCCGGCCUGCCGCCGGUGGGUUGCCUCCCGGUGCAGAAGAGCCUCCAGUCAAUAACGCGGGGGUUCGAGGGAUGCGUCGCCGACCUGAACUCGGCCGCGGAGGGAUACAAUUCCGCGCUCCAACAGAUGCUGACCAAGCUGGAGGCCGCCUCCCCCGGUGUGACGCUCGCGUACGUCGACGUCUACGGCCCGCUCAAGGACAUGGCCACGCAGCCCCAGAAAUACGGUUUCACCGAGACGACCCUCGGCUGCUGCGGGACCGGGUUGGUGGAGAUGGGGGCGCUGUGCACCAGCCUGCUGCCGCAGUGCGAGUCGCCGGCGCAGUUCAUGUUCUUCGACUCCGUUCACCCGACGCAGGCCACGUAUAAGGCGCUCGCCGACCGGAUCGUCCAGUCGCAUAUCCCCAAGUUCAUCAAGUAAUUAGUUGGAUACCGUUGACGAAGUUAGUUAUUUGUUGGGUUUUGUAAGAACUCGCACAGUAU